AUGGCAAAUACCAAACAAAAGGGAAUCACAUACACCCCUCCUACAAAGAAACGAUUACCUCAGCUGUAUAAGCUCAAGGAAAAAACUACAACCAGGGGAUCGAGGUCAUCUUGGGUGAAAGAUUCAUGGGCUAGGAAAACAAAGUCGGUAACAUCAUCACCAAUAAAAUCACCCUCAAAGCAUAAAUCUGGGUCGCCUCACUUGCUCUAUGAAGGUGCUGACUUUGAGUUUGACCAAGAAACUUCACUCAUUAAAGUUGGCCUGCACAUUCACCUUGCUCACGACGGCACUCCAUGUCCCAGCAGCACCGAUGACUCAUCAGACUUCUUUCAGUGGUCAGAUACCGAUGACAAUAUAGAUGACGAUUAUCCGGAAGGACCUUUCAUUCAACCGGUCAGAGACUCAGAUCGUCCGGCAAUAACUGUAGUAGACAAGUCCGGCGUUCACUCCCUUUCCAUAUGUUAUUGCCAAUGCCCCAGUGCUCUCAGCCGAGACAUACAGCUCUUUCAAGCAGGCUUGUUUCCGGCGUCUUUCACCAGACCAAAAACUGCAUUCACAUUCGCUGUCUUGGACGACUUUCUGUUAGACAAUCUCGAGUGCGGUACAUCGGCCAUGAAUUACUACAGCAAAAUUCGCAGACUCACCUCUAGCAUCUUUCCACUGAUGGUUCCGGAUCGCUAUAGAGAGCUCAUGAGAGCUGCCAGGCAGUGGCGACAAUGCAAGCUCUACAAGUGGCAUGGAUUUGCCCACAAAGAUGACCAGCCAAAGGAUGGUGAUCUUGCCCUAUUUUGUCCGGCAUGUCCGCAACCGGGUAUAAACUUGGACCUGUCUACCAGUACAGUCGCCCAGCCUGACGAUACACCUUCCUGGCUCAUGACUAGGCUGGAAAGCCACCCGGUAUUAGGAGGAUGGGCAUGUGCACGGCAUGGAUGUUUUGUCCCACAUUCCAUGGUUGACUUUCAGAAAGGCGAAAGGCAGAUGAACAUGGACUAUGCAUUAAGUCAAGCUCUCAACUAUAAGACCGACGGAAUCUCUCGAGCCAUCACAUUCUACGACAUAAAUUGUAUGGAAUCAUUCCUGGAAUCGGUUUGUGCAUGUACAUGGACAUCAAGACAACUUGCUUUGUCCGGUAUGCCAUCAAAUUUUAUCCAUGGGAACCGGCCAGAUAGACAGAGAGAUUAUGGAAACCCUCUGGGCACCUUUGAAUAUAAUAUCUCCCAUCGGCCAGGGGCAUGGGAACUCCCCAUCGCAAGGAGAAAAUUCAAAGAGGCCAUCAAGGGGGCUUUGGAAAGCAAACUUGCUUUUGAUAAUCUUAACGAGACCGCCAACCCCGACAUGGUAGUUCUUUGGAAGGCAGAGGAGGCAUUGGCUCAUGCAAACAGAGCAGAGGAUCCUACGGCUAUGGACAUCUAUGAGGUCCGGUUGGAAAGAGGCAAGUGUCCACUUUAUUGGCUGUCCGGUAGGUCUGAUCAUGAGGUCGUGCAGUGCCAACAAAGAAACAGCAGGAAUUGCGCCUGUUGCAGGCUCAAAAUCGCCCUGAACAUCCGGUCAUCAACCCUCCCGGUCGACGAGGAGCCGCCCACUUGGCUUGCAACCGGUCUUACCAUAGAGGAAUCGCAAAUAUCUCUCUGCAAGGAUGUGAGAAGUUUGCGAAUGCACCCAACGGACAUGCAACUGUUGAGAGUGGCUCGAUGCCGGGAUAAGCUUCACACUCAGAUCACGAGCUUUCUUGAGAUGUCACCUACUUAUCUCGGAGUUGGAGUCAAUGUCAAUGAUCCGGAUUGUCUGGUUACUGUUUGUAACUCACUGGAUGAUUGUGAAGAUUACUCCGAUUUUGACGAAGAUCAAAAUCCUGAUCUGGACGUACACAAUGCUUCCAUAUUUCAACCGGAGUUCACUGUCAUACCCCUACCAUCCAACAUUGGUGCAGUGAGGUGCAGGGAGUUAGGUCUCACCAAUCUCAUCAAAGAAGAAAUUGCCCUCCGAGAAGGUCAGGCCAAUGACGCACUGCAUGCCAUUAGAGUUCAUUUAGGAGAUAAAGCUGUUUUAUUCCGCAAUACUGUCCGGUCAGCCAAGUCACAGGCUUCAUCUACUAGGGCAUGGACUCGAGUUCGCUCAGUUGAAACAGCAGUCAAUCUCCAUGCUCGUAUAUAUUCGAAAUGCCGGUCGCAACUGGCCAAACUCCCUGACCACGACCUCUUGAAGAAAUACCUUCCUUUGAAGAAAGAAGACCUGAAAGCCAGCUCUGCGGUGGCCGAUCCAAAUGCACGUGGUCAGAGAGAUACCACUCUUUCAUGGUUCUGGUCCUUGGAUGUUCAGGGAGACACAUCAGGAAAUGACUGGAUGACUGAAUUUUACCGGGUUAAUUGGCUCCGGACAAAAGCACUGCGCGAUCGCUGGAAUGAGGAGGUUAUUCUUGUCAAACACGAAAUGCAGUGGUCAAUUAAUUUCUUCACCCACAGAGCCAAGCAAUGGCUCUGUCACAUGCACAAUGCUACUUCUGCAGGGCUCACCGGACAUACAUGUUAUGCUGCCAGACAAUCUCACAUAUAUGACCUGCUGGCAGCACAUGCAGAGGAUGCUUUUCGGAAAAUGAUCGUUGGGAUAGAAGUCCCAGUUCCGGCGGCAUAUGCAGAGGAUGCUCUGCGGGAAAUGAUCGUUCGGAUAGAAGUACCGGUGCCGGUGUGCCGGUCACACCAUAGCCUCAUAUUCCUCUCCAUGGACAAUACUGUAACUCUCAUCCCCUCCAACCAAGUCAUCAUUGCCACCAAGGGCAAUCACAUCACAGCUGCAGAUAUCUCUCGUGCCCUAUUCUAUGCCAAUUCCCGGAUGCUGGCCAUGCGCCUGUAUGUCGACAAGAGUUUUGCCACUGCCAUACCUGGUUAUGCAGAGACGUUCUACACCCUGAUGAAAUGGGAGAUGGAGACCUUUGCAACACCUUUCAUCAAUAUAUGUUUUAUCACCCGGUUGUCAGCUACUAUUCCUCAACUUCUCAAGGAUGUGCUCUCAACCAUGACUGCUCACACAUUGGUUGAUCGGCGACCGGAUGUCAAUGCCAUUUUGCAGGAUAUCCGGGCAUUGCGCCUUUCUGCAGAUUCAAACAAAUCCGAUGACUAUGACAUUGCUCACAUGCCGGACUACUUCAAUGACUGGUGGAAGGAAUCACUUGGUUGUUGCAGGGUUUCAGAUAUGUUGCCCAAGUCAUCUGUCCAAGAUGUUAUGGAUUUGGUUGAAUGGCACUUUUCACACCUUCCGGAUCAUGUGAAAACUGGUCUUCUCCCAUAUAUUAUCUGGUGUGCCGUGCCACCAGACAACGAUCGGGAGAGAGUUGCUGGAUAUGUUACAGACAAGGAUGAUGAAUCUUAG